CGGGAGCGAACGUCCAUACCAACACCGGCCAACACUAUCACCCAGUCUAAUGUACUAAAUCUAGUGUUGUGUUAUAGUUCUGUGUGAUUUUUUUGUUGUUGAAAAGUUUAUCUAAAUAAGAUCGAGCUUUUUACAUUCAACUAGAGACAUCUACUAUCGGAUAGCUACAAUGAUCAACUUAGUUUUGCUACUCACCGCGGCGCUAGUGUCGCUACAGUGCUGUUUUGUAGGAGCAGCGAUCAUCAAUAGCAAAAAUGAUUUGGACAACCGUUUAAAACCAAACGUGGCGCCAACACCGAGACGGCGACUAGGUUCGUUUGUUAAAAUGCUAUCAGCGCCGCCGGAGAGCGUCAGUUUGAUUCCGGGAACCCCGCUGGAGCUCAGCUGCGUAGUGGCCGGACACCCUGCGCCCACUAUACAAUGGCUGAAGAAUGGAGAAACUUUACCUGAUUACGAGGAAUCGGCUAACGAGAUACUGAACAUCCACCCGUCGAGUAUCGUGCAACUGGUGACCAAGCUGGUGGUGGCGACGGCAUCCAACGGUGACGAGUACACGUGCGUCGCCAGCACUGGUGUCAAGCAGAAGAUCGCUACCACCAUCGUGUAUACCACUGAAGCCCAAGAUCCAUUGCGAGCGCUGUUCAGACCCUCGGUGCCCGUCAUCAUUUACUACUACGACACCAUCUUCCAGAACCAGGGCACCACCGUCGUGUUGCCCUGCCGAGUAUCCAGUUUCAGCCCCGCCCAAAUAUACUGGAUGGACAAUGACGAUAAACUGAUUUAUGGAAACUCUAGGAUGCAAGUAUUACCAUCAGGCGAUCUCUUGAUAAGCGUGCUAGAAUGGAGGGACAUGGGUAACUUUACUUGUACGGCCAAGAAUAUGUAUGGAAAAGUCGCUGCGUCCACGUUUGUGUACCCAGUCAAACCUUGAACAGUGACUGCACAAAAUUCGACCAAACAAGUUACCCGCCGAUAGCAGAUUGAUGUUCCUAUUUAAGUGUAUAUUUAACUUAACAUCUACUUAACUUAUUGCUAGAUUUUAAGUUAUAAACUUUACAAACAAUUAAAACCUGUACACAUGUGAUAUAAUGUGUUAAGUACUUAAGUUAUAUCCAACUUAAGUAUUACAUACAUAUUUGUGAGUGUACUUUUUAUUCUUGCGUACAUACAUAAGUGUAUUUAUGAUGUAUGAUGACAGAAAACUUUUGUAUUAUAUUUAAGACUUAUUUUCUUUAUUUUUUAAUAUAAUUUAAGUAAACUUUAAUAUUUCUAUAAUAUUAAUUAAUAAUUGCUAUUAUAGAAAUAAUAGGUAUGUUACAUUGUAUUGCAUUUCAUUACAUUCGUGACAUUACGUUAAUAUGAAGCAAUGAGUACACAGUGUUAUUGCUAAUUGCAAAUUUAUUUUUAAUAAUAUUUUAUCAUUAUUUAUUACACUACAAGAAUGUCAAAUUCUUGCAAUGAUCUCUACAUUUUUUGACAUAAUGCUGUUAAAUAUAACUUUUGAAUUAAAUCGUGUUUAUACGUAAUUAAUGUUUCGCAUAAAAGUAAUUGUUUUAUUUUAUUAAAUUAUAAAUGUUACAAAUUACACUACAUAAUUUCAAUGAAAAUUAUAUACAUAAAUUUGUUAUAUUAAAUGACAUUUUAUGUAAUAAAUAUCUAAAUCUUUUGAUUGUUAUUAAAUAUUGUAACAAAAUUAAAUUAAUGUUAUGCUUAAAAGCAAUUGUGUUAUUUAUUUAAAUUGCAAAAUGUCAUUUAAAUUUCUUGUAAUAUGACACAAUAUAAUAAAAAUAAAACAUGUUUAUAUGUAAUUAAUGUUUGAACUAAAAUGAUUUAAUUAUUAUUAUUAUUUUAUUGAACUAUGACAGUAAUUUACAAUGAAAUUAUGUAGUAAUAUGUAACGAUAUAAAUGUAGGUAUACUUGUAAUUUGUAACUAUGAAAAAACAUAUUAUAUGUGCCAAAUAAAAGCUAAAACUCUUCAUUAUUGUUAGAAACCAUAAGCUGACAAAUUCGAUUCAUCUAUUAGUUUUACUAACAUAGUAAAUUCACUAUUGUUUUGCUGACAUACAGACAUGUAUUAUAGAUUUUUUUUUUUAAGAUUUACAUUUCACUUUCAGCAUCAUAAUAUAUUAUUAAUUUUUAAUAUAACUACCUACACGCCAUGAUGGAUUUUGAAAUGAAUGUAAAUGUAAAUGAAAACUGUAACAUUUUGUAAAAGGUUAGUUAAAUAUUUAUUUUUAUUAUAAGUUGGAAAUGUUCUGAAUAAUUUUAAUUUAAUGUACAGUGCAUUUAUGUAUUAUUAUUAGUUAUUUAUUUGUUUUUGUACUUAAUUAUUAUUAAGUUUUAUUGAACAGGUCUUCUGUGAUCGAUUAAUAAAUGUUUUAUUAUACAGU